AUGGCCCUUCCUCUUCUUCUUCUCAGACCGAUCCUAUUGCUCUCUUUCUUACUUUUCGCCCCAAUUCUCAAUUUCAAAGCUGCCUUGGGAUCGGUCACCGAAGAAGAUUUCUCGGAGGAGUUGCUUCUGAGGCCAUUGCCGGAUCGAAAGGUGCUGGCCCACUUCCAUUUCCGGAGCAGGGCCCCGCAUACCAGCUCCAAUGGCCGCCAUCACCAUCUCUUCCCCAAAGCCAUAUCUCAGCUGGUUCAGAAGUUUCAUGUUAAGGAAAUGGAAUUAUCUUUCACACAAGGUCGCUGGAACUAUGAUCGUUGGGGUGGGUUUGAUCCCAUAUCAAGCAACAAUGCCAAGCCUCCUGGAGUUGAGUUGUGGGCUGUCUUUGAUGCCCCUCUUGAACAGGUGGAUGAUUCUUGGAAGAAUUUAACCCAUGCUCUUUCGGGUCUCUUUUGUGCUUCAGUCAACUUCCUAGAAUCGUCUACAACAUAUUCUGCUCCUGAAUGGGGCUAUCGCCCAGCACCAGGCAGUCUGAGGUAUGGUACAUUGCCCCGUGAGGCUGUUUGCACUGAGAACCUAACUCCAUGGCUGAAGCUCCUUCCUUGUAGAGAUAAAGCUGGGCUUUCUGCAUUAAUGGAUAGACCAUCUAUCUACAAAGGAUUUUAUCAUUCACAGCAGUUGCGCUUGACCUCAAGUGAAUUUGAAUCAGAGGAGGGAGGUUCAGGAAUUGUUCUACAACAAACACUCACAGUUGUUGUCCAGCCCGAUAGUGAGAGAAAUGUUAUGUCUUAUUCCCAUGAAACAAAAUUACAACCAAGCUGGUCCUUGACUUCAAUUUUUGGGAGGAUGGUCACUGGAAGAUGUGUACUUGCCAAGUCUUCCACCAUAUACCUUCAGUUUGAUAGGGGGCUAGUUGGUCAGCUGGAUUACUUGCAGAAAGAAAAUGAGUUAUCUAGUGCUGAUAAAUCUGUCUAUGAAGGUUUUAGUAGUAACCCUGGAUUUGAAUUGUCUGUUAAGCCGGACAGGGUAUUAAAAGAACUGAAUGGCUUUGAAAAGAAGACCCCAUCUGUUGUAUAUGAAUUUUAUAUUGAGAAGUACAGUGAGUCUAGGCCAUUUGAUUUAGGCCUAACUUGGAAGCUUCCUGUAGUUUGGUCCUGUCAGAAAGCACCAUUACAUGCUAGUAGGUUCUUGAUGGGAAGUGGGAAUGAAAGGGGUGCUAUUGCAAUAUCCUUGAGAUCUACAGAAGUGAGUGAUGAGUUUUUGCAUUCUGAUAUGAGUGAAGGCAGGUGCAAAUUGGAAGUUAAAGUUUUUCAGGUUGUGCCUUGGUAUAUUAAGGUUUAUUUUCAUACAGUGCGAGUGUAUGUUAAUGAACAACCUCAAGAAGUUUCAGAUGUUGUUGAAAAGAUGCGUGUUUCACCUUCUGUAGACAAAGUGUCACCUGGGGUGAUGGAGAUGGUCCUGAAAUUCCCUUGUGGAAUGAAAUCAGCAGCUAUAACCUUAGAAUUUGAUAAGGGGUUUUUGCAUAUUGAUGAGUAUCCUCCCGAUGCCAAUCAAGGAUUCGAUAUUCCAGCAGCUAUUAUAAGCUUUCCCAACUUCCAUACAAGCAUGCAGUUCUUUACGGAUAAAUCUGUGGAUAGGUCCUCCAUCUUAUCCAAAUUCCAGGAAAACAAUGCUGUUCUGGCAUACACAGAAGUAUUACUUGUACCGUUGACAACUCCUGAUUUUAGCAUGCCUUACAAUGUUAUCACAAUUACAUGCACUGUAUGUGCUUUGUAUUUUGGUUCUUUGCUCAAUGUACUUCGAAAGCGUGUUGGUGAGGAGGAAAGAUCUUCAAAGAGCAAAGCUACCAAGGAAACUGGUCGGCUCCGACAGCUGUUAUCUAGGGUGUCUGCCAAGCUGAGAGGAAGACCAUUUGAGCCGCCUCAGCCGCCUUCCAAUUCAUCAUCCUUCAUCAGUUCAAAACUUAUACUUUUUAUACUUGUGGUUGGAAUUGCUGUCUUUUGGCAAGUUUAUUUUGGAUGA